AUGCUAAUGAUUCGGACGUUAAAAAGGCGUAUCGAAAGGAUGUUUUCCAAUCCAUUCAGAAAUUGGCUUUACAAAUGCAUCCUGAUAAAAAUGCUGCUCCUGGUGCUGAUGAAGCUUUCAAAAUGAUUAGCAAAGCUUUCCAAAUACUCAGUGAUCCGCAAAAGCGUGCAAUAUUUGAUGAGCAUGGUGCUGACCCAGAUUCUAGAAGUAACGGGAUACCACCUAGCUUUAGAGGCUUUAAUAGUGGAUUUGCAAACGGUGCUGUAUAUAAUACUGAUGAAAUUUCUCCAGAAGAAAUAUUUAAUAUGUUUUUCGGUGGAGAUGGUUUUCAUUCAGCGACUUUUGUUGGACCAGGAUUCAGUGCACGGAGGUUUCAACCACGUAGAGCAUCACCAAAUGGAGAAGGCGUUCGAGAACAACAUAGCUCCCCAUUACUUACAUUUUUUCAACUUUUACCUCUUAUCCUUCUUUUCUUAUUCUCUUUCUCAUCCAAUUGGCUUUCCCCUACCCCAGAACCAAUGCCAUCAUAUUCUCUUCAAGGAAAUGGGUACCAUACAUUAAAUAGAUAUACUCAUUCUCUACAAGUUCCUUAUUUUGUUGAACCUGUUCAGUUUUCAUCCUUUGAGCAAAAUCCACGAAAAUUACGUACAUUUGAAGAUAAUAUAGAAGUUUCAUAUAUAAAAAAAUUACAACUUGAUUGUAAUAUUGAGGUAUCAAUGAAACAACGCAAAAUAAAUGAGGCUAGAGGAUGG